AUGUGUCGAUGCUGUAACUGGGCAUUUCCAGACAAGACCAGCCUACACAUGCACAUUCAGGCCAGAGAAGAAGGAAAGUCAAUUACGGUACCAGUGAUCGGUAAGGGACUUGCUCCGGAUGGUAUAGAUUCACCUUACUCCACUUUGCAUUCGAUCAACAACAAUACCCUACCGCAAAUCCAAAACCCUGGAGUGCUUAAUGCCGGUUCCGGCUUGCCAUUUUUUUCGCCUACCCCAGCACCACAGCCAUCUUUACCAUCUUCAGCUGAGGAUAUGAACAGACUCCGUGACCGGCUUGUACUGAAUUCAUUGAUGACCCAACCUGGAUUCGGCUUGGCUGCUGCAUGGUUGAAUAAUCUACCCAAACCCAUACCCACGACAAAGCCUAUGGUUGAUUUGGUAAAAGAGGGACAAGAAGACGAAUGUGAGGUGAACGUUGACAACAACGAUGCGCAUAACGAUUCGCAUAAUGAAGAUGAUAAGCUGAACGUGUCCAGUAGCGACUCGGACGAAAGCAAAUCAUUGGUCAUUAAGCGAACUGAAAGUCCUUGCGAGAAUGGCUCAGCCACAAGCUCAGAUGGAACUUCAAGCUCCGCCCAUUCGCCUGUAAAUCUUUUCAAAAAGAGCAGCGACACCCCAAGUGCAUUUCAUCAUCUUAAUGUUGACUCGCGUUUUGUCGUCUCACCAUCGCACGUUUCACCAACAGAA